AUGGACAACUCAACAGACUCGGCGGAGGAGCCAAACGGCGUGAUCUGGGCGCUCCUGGAGGACGAGAUCUGGUGGCCUGUGUUGAUGCUAGGCAGCCACCCGCUCUGGAGCAUGACAGACCCAAACGGGCCGACGGUGUACCAGUUUGGGACGCACGCGUACACACGUGAUGACACGUCAGUGGCGCUUGAGCACUCGAAAUGUCUCCACGGACAACCAGUCCUCGCAGCUUCAACCGACAAAGUGCUAAACAGGUUUGCUGUUGCCGUGGCGGAAGCCAACGAGUUUUGCAUUGCAUUUACGCACGCGUCAGCUCCGCCACCAAGCUCGAAACCGACGACUUUGCCGGUGUUGGUCGAAUCGAAAAGUGUGGGCGACGCCACUCCACCGGCCGUCGAGCCCGACAUGGCCGACAUUGCGUUACACGAAAUGUGUUUGCAACACUACUGGGAUUGUUUCCUCUCCAGUCCCAGUAACGAGUCCGUCGCAGCGUUUUCGUCAAGGUUGGACGCGACAAUCGCCACAUUGAUCGCGGUCGUCAUCUUCGUGUCGAAGAAUCCAUUGCGAAAACUCCCAUCCACGACCAUGCAAACAAUCCACCGCACCCUUUGGCGAAUGGACCUGCCAUGACGUGGAGGUGAUGACGCGGCUGCCGGACAAGAGUGUUGUGGACGGCUGCUUUCGCGUGUUGAUGUGGUCGUUGCAAAGUGUGAUGACACCUCGAUUAGAACCCCAAACCGCAAAGCAGUGGGUUCACUUGAUCAAAACCAUCCCUGAUGGUAUCCUUGCGUCGACUCGCACGACGUGGACUUGGCGAAGCACUU